AAGUGAGGAGGUUGUGAACGAUUCAGUUUUCAGAGAACCUGAGGAGGAAGUCGCACCACAAACAGGUAGAUGGAAAUAAUACAGGCGGUAGCUGCCGUGUGAAAUUAUUGUCGAGUGAGCGCUAUCAUGUCUCUAGAUGGGACCAGGUUACUGUUCGAAGGCUUCCUGCAGAAAAGAAAGGACUCUAUCAAAUUACGAUGGGCCACGUACUGGUUCAGGCUUCAAAAUACAACCUUGUUCUUCUACACCAAGAAGAAUGGCAGUGCUUCACACUUGCGAAGCUAUUACUACAUUUACACAGUGCAGUCGGUGCGAGAGGUGCAGAGAGCGGACAGCAGCCGCUUCAUGUUCGAGAUCAUCAUGAAAAAUGGAAAAAAGAAAAUGUUGGCAGCAGAGACGGCAGAACUCAGACAGCAGUGGGUAGAACAGCUGUGGCAGUCCAUGCAUCUCUCCGGCUGUCGGAUCUCAGAUGUCUCACCCAGACACUUUGAAGGGCGUGAGCAGCGAGACGGACUGAGCAGCACGAUGAGGUCCCAGCCUGUUCGGCCCCUCUCAGCCCCGACUCCUUCCACCCAAAGCCCCCGUGAAACCAGGAGUGUGGCCCUCGCCGUCCGCCUGCCUCAGGAGCCGAACAGUGAGGAGGCCGUGUACGAGAACCUGCCGUCAGUCAGCAAAUACCAGCAACUUACUGGUGGCGGUCUCAACGUCCCUCAGAGGUCCAGCGGGUUGAGCAGUGUACAGGAGAGACCAGAGGGAGACUAUGAUGUUUUACCACUAAGAAUCAAGAAAUGUGAGAUCGGCUUUUCAACACAGAUGAGCGAGGUCGUGUAUGACACGCCUCUGUCUUAUAGACCUGCUGGAUACCAAGACCCAGCAGAGAGCAUCUACGACGUACCCAGCUCUGUACUGCGGGUGAGGCCUGAUCAAGCAACAGAGAGCGAGCAGGAGGAGGGAGUCUACUGGAGGAUAUGAUGUGCGGUUUCCAGACGACCAGUUUCGGAGCAAUUCUUUGCACAGGAGACUGUUAAUAUCUUAAUCGUUUGAGUUUCAGGUUCAAGCUGAACAGUUUAUACAACUCUCACAGGUAUAGAUACUGUUUGUCACCUUUUUCCAGAUGAGACAACGUGCACAACACAACAGAGAGGUUGCACUGUGGUUUUUAUUUCAUCUCUAACUAUAGAAGCAGAGAAGUACAUGUCAUUUAUAACUACAGAGAACACACUGUACAGAAACGUCUACAUAUACUCACUGAGGGUCAGCAGCACCAUCGUUCAUAACAGGAAAAUGUACAUGUCACUUGCUUCACAGUUUAAAGUUAACACCACCGACAUUAAUAUUGCUGUUCUUCUCACUUUGGGAAUGGGUUGAGUUUAACCCUUCAUGGUUUAAAUGGGAUAAACAUAUAUAGCAUUUCAUGUUGCAGGUUCACAAUAAGGAGAAUAAAGUCUAGGCAUGCAGAUAUUAUCGUGAGGACAUUUAUUCAUCCCAUUUAAUUUAUCGUAAUUCGUAUAAUUUUUUUCUGAGAGUAAUAAUAAACUUCCUGAUGUCUUCUCACAAACUCAUGAGUUGGUGAAGGAAAUAAUUUAUUCUAAUUUACAAGUUCUGUUCAAAGAUUACACGAAAUCUACAACACUUCAUUUCCAGAGAGGAAUUACACAGAUGUCUAAUAUACAUAUAGUAGCAGUAUCCAUUAGACAGAAAUAAAACAGUAGUGCAAGUACUGGGUUGAAAGGAAACAAGCCAAAACAAGGCCUAUGGAAAAAGCAAUGCAUAAAAGUGAUUUGUGCUUCCUUAAUCUGUUUCUUCACAAAAGAGAAUCAAUACAAUAAAAUAAAAUAUAAAGAAUGUUUGCACAUGGAAUAACAGAUAAAUCUGCCCCCAUGAGCAGAAGCUUUAGUUUGGAUCAAUUCCUUAGUGUGAACAUUGUCAGUUAGCGAAAAACACUAGUAAUGAUAUUUGGUUCAUGAUUCUGUCACACAAACACUUAACAAUAAAUAGAUUGUGAUCUAAAAGUUGAUCUUAUUAUAAAUGUCAGGCAAUGUGGUUCUGUGUUCACCCAUGUCUGCUAGUGUGUUUGUGUGUUGGUUACUUUGCCGGCAGGAUUACACAAAAAACUCAACCUCUGUGAGGGAUGGGACCUGGUUCGUGCUGAUAUGAAUCCAGUGGCCGAUCCAGGAUUGUUUUUUUUCUUUAGUUUCUUUAACAUGGCAACACUGAACAUUUAUUUAUUUUUUUGUUAAUUUCUCAGGGAAUAAAUUCAGGUUAUUAGUAAAUUUAUUUGUUUCUUUCUGAUUUCUACCAUAACAACUAAGUAUGUGCCCUACUGAGUGCCACUUUAGUCUUAAAUUUAAAUUCACCUUCACUGAGGACUUUGCGUUUGAGUUCAACUAUGAAUGUACCUUGAUUGCAUGUGAUGUUACUGAGUCAAUAAACAAUAACAACAACAACUGAGUGAAGGCUGUCAGUGUUUAACAGUAGAUAUUGCAGAUCUGACCUCCACUGUUCCAUUUGAAAAGCAGCCGUACUGCAAGAAGACGAAACU